AAAGUAGUAUAGGUAAGUAGUGUUUUAUAAAUAUAAUAGCACUAUCGAUAAUAAUGUAUUCUUAAAUGGACAACAUUACAAUGCCUUUGUAUAUGUUUUAUUGUGUUUCAGAAUCAACCCAUUGUCACUGAUUGAGAUUGUCGCUCAUAUAGUGAAACAGUACAGCAACAAGAGAGAUGCUAUCGCAUUUCUGGAGAAAAUGGAGGCUAAAGUCAAAAUGAAUGAUGAGGCUCUCGCUCUAUGCAAAGUGCUUCAAGGGCAGAUAUAUCUGGAGCAUCUCAACGAUUUAGACGCUACAGAGAAGAUAAUAGAACACCUCGAAGGUACAUUGGAGGAUGCAGAUGGAGUCACGCCUGUUCAUGGAAGGUUCUACAAAUUGGCUUCAGAAUAUUAUAGGGUCCGCGGCCCCAUCGGGCGCUACUACCGCUGCGCGCUGCGGUACGUGGGGUGCCGCGAGGGGGGCGCCGCGCUGCCGCCCGCCGACCGCCGCGACCUGGCGCUGCGCCUCGCACUCGCCGCGCUACGGGCGCCCGACGUGUACGACCUGGGGGAACUGGUGAGCCGAGCGUCACCUACCUCGUCUACCUGCCUCGUGUAAUAACGCUACUUAUGACAGAACACAAUAACGUGUUCCAGUUGGCGCACCCGAUCCUGAAGUCCCUGGAGGGCACGAGCGACGCGUGGGCGCUGGCGCUGCUGCGCGCGGCCGCGGCGGGGGACAUCGCCGCCUUCGAGGAGACCAGGGCCAGGGCGCCCCACCCCGACCUGCGCGACUGCGCCGCCCAGCUGCGGCACAAGACCGCCCUGCUCUGUCUCAUGGAGAUGGCGUUCAAUCGUACGUCGGCUCAGCGCAAGUUGACGUUUGCUGAAGUAUCGGCCGCCACCCGCGUCCCCCGAGACGAGGUGGAGCUGCUGCUGAUGAAGGCCCUCGCUGAGAAACUGAUCAAGGGGCACAUCGACCAGGUAUAUAUAUGUUCGAGGAAAAACUAGAUCCUUUCAGAGUAUUUAGAUAAAAACGCUUCCUUGCGGAGGCUGUGUUGUGUGUACUAGUUAUCUUUUAUACAAUGUAAAUUUUUAGUUUAUU